UCACCGGACUUCUCCCUCCCUGCCCCGGCAUCUUUAGUAAGCGCUGUGCUUUGUGAAUGGCCCUGUAGUCUUCUGGGACCUGUCAUGUGUCUGCAGUCUCUGGUCAUCUCCUGUACUAUUUCUGCAGUCUUUGGUCAUCUCCUGUACUAUGUCCCACAGUCUCUGGUCAUCUCCUGUACUCUGUCCGCAGCAAGUUUCUGGUCAUCUUCUGUACUAUGUCUUCAGUCUCUGGUCAUCUCCUGUAGUAGUAUGUCCGCAGUCUCUAGUCACCUCCUGUACUAUGUCCACAGUCUCUGGUCUUCUCCUGUACUGUGUCCGCAGUCUCUGGUCAUCUCCUGUACAAAGUCCACA